AUGGUAAAGAAUCUGCCUGCAAUGUGGGAGACCCAGGUUCAAUCCCUGGGUCAGGAAGAUCCCCUGGAGGAGGAGAUGGUAACCAACUCCAGUAUUCUUGCCCAGAGAAUCCCAUGGACAGAGGAGCCUGAUGGGCUACAGUCCAUGGGGUCCCAAAGAGUCAGACACGACCGAGUGACAAACACACUUGUGCAUGGUAUUGUGAUCUUUCCGUUGCUUUUUAAAAUCUAUAACUCCUUUUUCACUGUAAAAUGUGCUUUACACCCUACCUUUAUUGGUUGCAUGUUCUCAACUAGAUGGAAACUCUGGGAAAGCAGAAACUGUCAUAUAGUUCCAUAUGUGUACAGCAGUCCUCAGCACCUAGGUGUCAUCUCUGAACACAGGCUUUCCUAA